UCCAACACGCUAUCUUCCACUAGGUCCAACUUGUGUUGGAUCUUACCGCUCAUAAGUUCAUACCAAUUGGAGUUCCAGAACAUGGCAGCUCUCGUGGUAACUCUUUUGAUUGUGCUGCUCCCUCUCCUAUUGUGGUGGCUUCGCAUCUAUCAGAGCAAGAAAAAUGUAGCGCCAGGGCCUUUAGCGAUUCCACUUUUGGGCCAUCUUCACAUGCUGGGAAGGCAUCCACACAAAGCCCUCUCUAGUCUCUCCAAGAAGUUUGGAUCUGUCAUGAGCAUCAAUCUAGGCUCUGUUCCAACGCUUGUAAUCUCUUCUCCAGAUGCUGCAAAAACCAUUCUCUCCACGCAGGACAUCGUCUUUGCAUCCAGGCCAAGGACUGCCGCUGCCAAGUUUAUCUUCUUCAACGCAAGGGAUAUGGUGUGGUGCGAGUAUGGAUCGUACUGGAGGACAAUGAAGAAGGUUAGUACUCUGGAGCUCUUCACGGCCAAGAGGGUGGAGGAGUCAAAGAAGCUGAGGAUGGAAGAGAUUUCUCGUCUUGUGACCUCUAUUGCUCGGGAGGGUGACAAUGGAAGGGUUGCUAUUGACAUGAAUGCCAAAUUGUCAAUGACCAACAUGAACUUGGUGAGUUUCAUGGCAUUCAGCCGGAAGUUUGAGGAAUCCUCGUUUGUAGAGCUCUUGCAAGAGGCGAUUGGUCUUGUGACUGGUUUUGUUCCCAGUGAUUACUUCCCCUAUCUCGGCUGGAUGGAUGAUUACCUGGGCACUGUUCCAAAGAUGAAAGCCGUACAGGGCAAGCUUGACACGAUAUUCCAGGCAAUCAUCGACGAGCACAGAUGCGUAAAUGCGGAGAAACAACGAGCUCCAGAUCUUGUCGAUGUGCUGCUCUCGCUGGAUGAAGUAGAUGACAAUGAUCGCAAGGGCAUGAUCAUGGAUAUGUUUGGUGGUGGCGUCGACACCGCUUCCAUCACCACUGAGUGGGCUCUCUCAGAACUCAUACGCAAUCCAGCUUGCAUGCUCAAAGCCCAGCGCGAGAUUGACCAGGCCGUGGGGUUUGACCGAGCCGUGAACGAAGAUGAUCUCCUCAACCUCGGCUACGUUAGAGCGAUUGCCAAGGAGACCUUCCGCUUGCACCCGCCGGUCCCGCUGCUGGUCCCGCACGAGUCAACGCAAGAGUGUCUGGUCAACGGACUCCGCAUUCCCGCCAGAACCAGGGCCACGGUCAACGUGUGGUCAAUCGGGAGGGAUCCAAGGUGGUGGGAGCGUCCGGAGAUGUUUGAUCCGGACAGGUUUGCUGCGAGGAGUGUGAUUGAUGUCAAAGGGCAGCACUUUGAGCUUCUUCCGUUUGGAUCUGGGCGGAGGAUGUGCCCGGCGAUGGGCUUGGGAUUGGCCAUGGUUGAACUCUCACUUGCGAGGUUGAUCCAGGGAUUCGAGUGGAAUUUGCCAGCAGGACUGCAAGAGCUGAAUAUGGAGGAGGAAUUUGGGGUGACGCUCCGGAAGAGAGUGCAUCUGAGUGCUCUUGCAAUGCCCCGUUUGAAGGCAGAGCUUUACGUUUAGAAUGUAAUUUGGUUUCCCAUCCGUAUAUCUGUAACUUUGAAAGUUAAUCGAGAAAAUAUCGAAGCUCUUGAAGAUUGGCAGGA